CUAGCACAUCACCUUGAACAAUCCCCUGGAAAUGCAAUGUAUACAUCUAAGUUUUCGCUGACAUCGCUUAUAGAGGCCAUUGCUACGUGGUUACGCUGAAAACUGUUGAAAAGUUUAAGAGAGAGCCCUUUUUUCUCUAUUUUAGCAGAUGAAUGUGAAGACAUCAGCACUCAAGAAGAGCUUUCGAUUUGCUGCCGAUGGAUUGUAGACGGUCAAGCAGAGGAGCACUUCAUAUCAGUCUUGCACGUUCUUGCUUGUGACGCUGAAACCAUCACUGAGGCAAUCGAGUCUUUCAUUGCUUCAAGUAAUCUUCAGUACCGAAAAUUGGUUGGACAGGGUUAUGAUGGAGCUGCUGUAUUUUCAGGAUGCAGAAGUGGAGUACAAGUAAGAAUGCGCACUCAUGCUGCUCAUGCUGUGCACGUUCACUGUGCAUGCCAUAGGCUACAGCUUGCAAGCUUACAAGCAGCUAAGACUGUUCCAGAAAUACAAAAAGUCUUUGGCAUGAUGGGUAACAUAUGGAAGUUGUUCUAUUAUUCCCCAAAGAAAAUGCAAGCACUGAAAGAAGUACAAGCUGUUCUUGGAUUGCCGGAAUUGAAGGUGGUGAAACCAAGUGAUACCCGUUGGCUUUCACACGAGCGAUGUAUGCGAGCAAUUCGCAAAGAGCUGCCUGCUCUUAUAACUACACUGCAACAGCUGUAUGAGACAACAGGUGAUGCGGAAGCUUUUGGCUUAAGUACACUUCUCUCUUGUUUUACUGGAGUAGCCAGUAUCUGCUUUCUUUCCUACGUCCUUGACACUCUGGCAAAAAUGAAUGUUGCCAUGCAAAGGAAGGUGACUGACUUUAGCAAGUUAAAAAUCAUGUUGCAAUUCACACGUGACGAGCUAAAGUCAUUGAAGAGUGACACAGCUGAUUGGUGUUGCAUAACUACAUCCAUGUUAGCUUCGCUGGAGACAGAGUAUGGAAUCGACAUUGGAAGACACAGAGCUGCAUCUCCUCGAUCAAAAUUUGCAAAGAUUAGCAGCAUUGAAGAAUACCUGUCACUCAUUGGAAUUCCUUACAUUGACACUCUGCUAGGAAAUAUUGAGAGUCGGUUCUCAGAUAGUGUGGUUAAAUUGCUGGUUGCUACAUCUAUUUUCAAUCCUUCUCAACUACCAGCAGAAGGAUUUUUAUCUUCCUAUGGUCUGCAAGAAAUUAAGGAACUAGCUGACUUCUAUGGCAAUGCCGCUUCUGUAGAACAUUGUGGUGAAACAUAUACAUCACCACCCCUACUCGAUGGAGAAGAACUGGUUUCUGAAUGGAAAUUUUUUAGGCGAGCUCUAUGCAAAGAGAAAGAACUAUUUGUACGUACUAAUCAGACAACUCCUAGUAUACAAGAGUUGUUGACAUCAAUGCAAGCAUGUGACGCAUACAAGGGUGUGGUAUCCUUACGACAUGGAACUAACAUUAAGAUAAAGACUUGUGAUUCCGUAAAUACUGUACUGUAA